AUGGCUGCAAAACUUAUCCUUCCGCUGCUAAGCGCCUCGGUGUUCUACGCCAUUUUCUACUUCGCGACCGUCAACGGACUCCGGGGCCUCGCCGACGAAAGUAUAGCUGCUGGGACGCUUCCCGGGACAGACAACUGGCCGCUUCGGACAGUGUACACUGGCAUUGGCAAGAUCGAUGAGCUUCUGACGAUCUUGACGACAUUCUUCUGGCCUGUCACGGACUCAACUCACCCCGCAUUGCUUCUGCACUCAAUCGCUUUCUCGGGCACGUUUUGCUCCGCCUGGGUUCUUGUCACACUCGAGUCAUGGAGAAAGGGCAAUAAUGGCACAAUUCUCGCGCUUCCAUCCAUCUUCGGCUUGACAGCACAAGCCCUCACGUUCGCUUUUGCGACGCCACUGUACUGCGCUGUGCAGGUCCACACCUCGGUCACCGCCGGAAAGCCGUCAGCACAGAACCUUCGGAUCCCCAACAGCGUCCUGCGAGUGCUGCCAUUUGCCUUUGUGUUGGGCAUGCUUGUUCCCUCGUCGCUGAUGCUUCUUCCCGUUUCCGAGACCAUCACCCCUGAUGUCAAGCAAAUCCUGAUUGCCAUAUGGCAGCCCUGGCCUGCCUAUGUUGCGAUCCUGCUGCGCUUUGCGCACACGGCGCUGCCUCCAACGGGACAGGAAGAGGACUCGCCCCAGAGUACCGCCAAGGGUCGCCGCUCUCUCCGCUACGCCUACGCCUUUGCCUUUGCCAACACCGCCAUUCCGCACAUUGUCACCCUGACAGUCUCCCUGGCGACCGUUGCCGCGCCGGCCAUCUUCGACCCGAAGUACCGCGAGGCUCUGCACCCCCUAAACGUGUUCCACACGCCGCUGCCCUGGACGUCGCCCGUAGUACAGGUCACUACAGUAGGUGAAGGCGUGCACGGCUUCUUGCGAUGGGACUACUUGAUCGGCACUGCGGGUGUCUUGGUAUGGGCUAUUAGCCUUUACAGAACAGCUCACCGCUUUGUCUAUGGCCGCGUGGAUAACAUUGGCCUGCUUUUGAAGACAGCGUGGCUGACCGUGCUUGCCGGUCCCGUUGGAGCCGCUGUUGAGUUGAUGUGGGAAAGGGAUGAGUUGGUAUUCCACGCCGGCAAUGUGAAGUCCGAGGCCAGGAAGGUGUAG